AUGGAAGAUCCUUUCAUCCUUCCAGACAACCCUGACGCUCCUCUGUGUGUAGGGAGCUCUCUAAGGUGGACCUUUGACAAAGGCGCUGUCGACGACCAGGGUGAUGUCAUACGUCAAUGCGAUCAUCAAUUUCUCUUGGAAAUUCUUCUAAUAAUGGAACGCGGCUACGAGAAUGUGUUGAAACAUCUUUCUUUGAAUCUAGACGAUAUAUCUCGUGCAAUCCAAGAUACGUCUCGUCUGUUUGUCGAGAUUUCGAGAGAGAUCCGUCGUCUCCAGCGCUACCAGGGACUUUAUCCCAGCCAGAACUCAAUCAAAACUUUUAUUAUCCAUCUGAAGUCCAAACUGUCAACGAAUCACAAGUUAUGGACAAGGGUCUCAACGAAAAUAGGCGAUGAACACUUCUGGGCAAGACUGGAAAAGUCAGAGUAUCUGAUCGAGUUAUGGAUCAAGACCCCUACAUACCAGUAUGAUCUCAAGCCAUGGCAACAGUUCCUUAACGAAGGAGCUCCUGGUAGUGGAAUAAACGCAAAAGCCAAAUUCCUCGGCAAAGUUCCCGAAAGUGACGAUUUCGAUUACUCAGAAAUAACUACGGAUAGCAGUUUCCAGAUUAUUCCGCCGGGAGGGAUGGCAAUUUGGGCUAAUUGGUUCAACCAUAUCAACGAAUUGGAACGAAGAAUAAAGAUGACCAUUGUGCCUGAGCGCUUCAAGUGUGCAGAUCCUAAGACAGCCACAAUGAGAACGAAGAAGGAAGUAAAAGAACUGGCGCCUAUGUUGUUUAGACGUGAGACCAUCCACUUCGACUUUGAGCCGAACUUAUGGAAACCCGAAGGAUCAGGUGGCGAUCAUGUAUUUUCGCCGGAUUUACUCCCUUUCUUCGAUACUAUCAUCGGUAUGAAGUUGUAG